AUAUGCUUCUCCCGUUACAAAAACAUUUCGUCAAAGGGGCUCUUCACGAAGCUCCCUUGCGAAUCUCUUUCUCUCCCCUAAUCGGCGAAGGGGCCAGAAUCAGAAACUCGGAACAUGUGAAGUGCAUUUCGGAUAUUAGCUUCAAAAUCGUUUGGAUUUUAGGCUAAUCUGAUAACUUGAAGCUGACUAGGGUUUUCAUUCUGUGAAAUCUCGAAUUUUAGGUUAACUAGAUUGAGGGAUUUACUUGUGCAAGACUAAAGAUUAUAUUGAAAUGGAUGGGAAUGCUUCUGGUGAGGAGUAUGAAAAUAUUGAUUGGAAUACAGAUGAUGAACUUGAAAUCCAAAACAUAACUCCUUCAUCUCAUUCAACUUUAGCAACUCUCAAUGCACAAACUAUUGUUAGUAAUGGAGAGGCAAGCUCAUCUUCAGGCCCUUCAAACUCCAAUUUGUUUCAACAUUUUCUUGGCAUGGGGUUUUCUGAACAAUCAAUUGCAAAAGCAAUUAAAGAAAAUGGGGAGGCGAAUACAGAAUCAAUACUUGAAUCUCUACUUACAUACUCAGUUCUUGAAGUUGAAGAUUCUCCUGAUGAAUUAAACUCAUGUCAUCUCAAUUCUCCUCAACAACAAGAACAACAACAAUGUGUAGAAAAUGGUGAAUUGUCAUCAGAUUAUGAUGAGAGCCUUUGUGAUGAUCUCUCUGAGUCUGAUGACAGCAGUUGGUCUGGUGGUAGUGAAGUAGCUAAUAAUACCAGUUCUUUACCUAAACAUGAGAAAUCAUUAUUAUCCUUAGCAAAUAUGGGGUAUAGCAUAGAGGAGGCUUCAGCAGCCAUGGAGAGAUGUGGGCCGGAAGCUUCUAUUGUAGAACUAACUGAUUUUAUCUGUGCUGCCCAAAUGGCAAAAACAGAAGACGUAUUUUUUGAGGAAGAGAAACCGAAGCUCCCACUUCGCGUCAAUGGCGAUUUCAAGAAGCGAAAAUUAUACGACCUCGAGAUAUGGAAAACCAAGAAGCGAAAGGGGAUUCUAUCCGAAGAAGACGAAGGUCUCCGUCUUCCAAAUCCGAUGAUCGGAUUCGGAGUCCCAACCGACACACACGUCAUCACUCACAGAGUCCUCCCCGACGCCGCCAUCGGACCUCCAUUCUUCUACUACGAAAACGUAGCCCUAGCUCCAAAAGGCGUCUGGGACACCAUCUCUCGCUUCCUAUACGACGUCGAACCGGAAUUCGUCGAUUCAAAGUACUUCUGCGCCGCCGCUAGAAAACGCGGGAUCAGGAAAGCGCUUGAAAAAUGGGGGGAUAAUCCACCUGUGCAUGUUCAGAAGUUUGUUCUUGAGCAAUGUCGGAAGUGGAACUUGGUUUGGGUUGGGAAGAACAAGGUGGCGCCAUUAGAGCCUGAUGAAGUUGAAAUGCUGUUAGGGUUUCCGAGGAAUCAUACCAGAGGAGGAGGGAUUAGUAGAACAGAUAGAUACAAAUCACUUGGCAACUCGUUUCAGGUAGACACAGUAGCAUAUCAUCUAUCAGUACUAAAAGACAAAUUCCCAAACGGAAUCAACAUGCUAUCACUCUUCUCCGGAAUCGGUGGUGCCGAAGUUGCACUCCACAGGCUCGGAAUCCCGCUAAAAAACGUGGUCUCGGUUGAAAUCUCGGAAGCAAACCGUGACAUUGUGAGAAGCUGGUGGGAACAAACAAACCAAAAAGGGAAUCUGAUUCACUUAGCCGACGUGCAACAACUAAACGGAGACCGGCUCGAGCAGUUCAUGGGGUCGUUCGGUGGGUUCGACCUCAUUGUGGGUGGCAGUCCGUGUAAUAAUCUAGCCGGGAGUAAUCGGGUGAGCCGGGAUGGGCUUGAAGGGGAACACUCGUCGUUGUUUUAUGAUUAUUUUAGGAUCUUGGAUAUAGUUAAGUGUAUUAUGAAUAAUAAAUAGGGAAAAUAAAGCAUCAUCAUUGUAUCAUGAUGUGUUGUGGUAGGGUUUAUUGACUUUUUGGAAUCAAUAAUUUGUGAUUUGUACUAGAGAUGAUUAUAAUGUAAUUCUGUUGCAAAUGCAGCAGGGUGCUUGCUUAAAUUAUUGUUAGGUGUCCUUUGGUUGGUAGAAUGUUUUGAAUGGAAUUGAAAUUUGUUAAGGAAUUGGAUUCUAUCAGGAAUUGCAAUUCAAUUCUAUAUUUUGUUUGGUUGGUAGGGAU